AUGGAGGAAAAUAUGGAGAAAGGUCACUCUGUAGACAGCGAUUCUACGCUGGCUAUACGCACAGAGCCGACUCGCAAUUCCACCCCUUCCUCUGGGAGGUCAUCUUCGCCCGUGGGUUCAUUCCCACACGAUGACUUCGAGCCAAUCCGCACAACAACGUCAGAUCCCCAAGGAUAUCGCAUAAGUGGGAAUUCAGAUGAUGAUAGUACUGCACGAAUCAUGUCUCGACGCCGCAGCCAGGCCUCCGGUCACGAAACAGAAGGGGAAGAUUGGGCCCAGGUAGAGAGACUGAUAUCACGGAUGUUCGGCCGUGAACGCAAGGAGAACUCAGAAGAAGAGAAAACACGCCAUCUGGGAGUCGUAUGGAAGAAUCUCACCGUGAAGGGGGUGGGCCUUGGAGCUGCUCUCCAACCCACUAACGGGGACAUCUUUCUGGGGCUGCCACGGCUCAUCAAAAGACUUCUGACUCGUGGCCGAGGAGCCACUGGCGCUGGAAAAGCCUCGAUACGGACUAUUCUGGAUAAUUUCAAUGCAAGUACGGGCUGUGUUCGUCCGGGAGAAAUGCUGCUGGUUCUGGGUCGCCCUGGCUCUGGUUGCUCUACUUUCCUCAAAGUGCUCGGCAAUCAACGAGCUGGAUAUGAAAGUAUCGAAGGUGAUGUGCGAUAUGGAGGCACCGAUUCAGAAAAGAUGGCAAGGCAAUAUAGAUCCGAAGUCUUGUACAAUCCCGAGGAUGAUCUUCACUAUGCAACUUUGACUGUGCGAGAUACACUUCUCUUUGCAUUGAAGUCUCGAACCCCCGAUAAAGCAUCACGAAUUCCGGGAGAAAGCCGAGAAGAAUACCAGGAGACGUUCUUAUCUGCCAUAGCUAAGUUAUUCUGGAUUGAGCAUGUCCUGGGAACUAGAGUUGGCAAUGAACUCAUCCGUGGAAUCUCCGGAGGCGAGAAGAAAAGAACUUCAAUCGCCGAAGCUAUGGUCACAAAAGCUAGCACUCAGUGUUGGGACAACUCCACCAAGGGAUUAGACGCCAGCACCGCGCUGGAGUAUGUCCAAAGUUUGCGAAGUUUGACAAACACUGCCAAUGUCUCAACAAUCGUAGCUCUUUACCAGGCUUCAGAGAAUCUGUUCGAUCUUUUUGAUAAGGUGAUUCUCAUUGAAGACGGAAAAUGCUCGUUCUUUGGUCCCAGUCAGGAUGCAAAAGCUUACUUUGAGCGCAUGGGCUUUGAAUGCCCACCGCGUUGGACAACCCCCGACUUCUUGACUUCGGUCAGUGACCCGCACGCAAGACGUGUCAAGGAGGGCUGGGAGAACCGAAUUCCUCGAACUGCCACCGAAUUUCAAGAUUUGUAUCGUCGAAGUGACAUUUACAAACGAAACCUAGCAGACAUCGAAAGCUUUGAGGGCGAGAUCCAAGCCCAAAAGCAAGAAAGAGAGGCUGCAAGGAGUGGUAAACAACGGAAAAAUUUCACAAUCUCUUUCUACAAGCAGGUUAUGAUUCUCACACACCGUCAAUUUCUCGUGAUGUUUGGUGACAGGGAGACUUUGAUCGGCAAAUGGGGUGUUAUCACUUUUCAAGCGCUCAUCAUUGGCAGUUUGUUCUACAAUCUACCAGAUACAAGCUCUGGUGUCUUUACGAGGGGUGGAGUCAUGUUCUUUAUCCUGUUGUUCAAUGCAUUGCUUGCCAUGGCAGAGCUGACAGCGGCAUUUGAUAGCCGACCAAUUUUGAUGAAGCAUAAAAGCUUCUCCUUCUACCGCCCUGCUGCAUAUGCACUCGCCCAAGUUGUGGUAGAUAUACCUCUUGUGUUCAUCCAAGUCGUUUUAUUUGACCUCAUAGUAUACUUCAUGGCGAACCUUGCACGAACACCUUCGCAAUUUUUCAUCAACUUACUGAUCAUUUUCACACUCACGAUGACAAUGUACUCAUUCUUUCGUGCUCUCGGUGCUCUAUGUGCCUCUUUGGAUAUCGCAACGCGUCUCACUGGUGUUGCCAUACAGGCGUUGGUUGUAUACACAGGCUACCUCAUUCCUCCAUGGAAAAUGCAUCCAUGGCUAAAGUGGCUGAUUUGGAUCAACCCUGUCCAAUACGCCUUCGAGGCAUUGAUGGCUAACGAGUUCCACAACCUGAAAAUCAAAUGCGAACCUCCAUACAUUGUACCGGAUGGACCGAAUGCAGUUUCCGGCCACCAGAGCUGUGCAAUUCAAGGCAGUGACCCAGACCAGUUGGUUGUUCAAGGACCAAAGUAUAUUCAAACAGCAUACACCUACACCAGAGCGCAUUUGUGGCGAAAUUUUGGCAUCAUUAUUGGAUGGCUCAUCUUUUUCGUCUGCUUAACAAUGCUGGGAAUGGAAAUGCAGAGACCCAACAAGGGUGGAAGUUCGGUUACAGUGUUCAAGAGAAGCGAGGCACCCAAAGAAGUCCAAGAGGUCAUCGAAGAUUCCGGUUCCCCAGCAGAUGAGGAAUCUGCCGAGAAGAAUGGCAUAGCCCUGAACACGGACGACAGAGCGUCUACUGAAUCGAAGGAUGAAGUGCAGAAUAUUGCCAAAAACACGGCGAUCUUCACAUGGCAAGAUGUCAACUACACUAUUCCGUACAAGGGCGGACAGAGACAGCUACUGCAACAUGUUCAGGGAUAUGUCAAGCCUGGCAGGCUCACCGCGUUGAUGGGGGCAUCUGGUGCAGGGAAGACUACUUUGCUUAAUGCGCUAGCACAGCGAGUCAACUUUGGAGUGAUUACGGGCGAGUUCUUGGUCGAUGGAAGAUCUCUCCCAAGGAGCUUCCAGAGAGCAACCGGGUUCGCUGAGCAAAUGGACAUCCACGAGCCCACUGCCACUGUGCGGGAAUCACUGCGAUUUUCUGCUUUGUUACGACAGCCAAAAGAAGUUCCGAUACAAGAAAAGUAUGAUUACUGCGAAACUAUCAUUGAUUUGUUAGAAAUGCGGUCCAUCGCCGGCGCGACAGUGGGGACAACAGGCUCAGGCCUCAAUCAAGAGCAACGCAAGCGACUCACCAUUGCAGUGGAACUGGCAAGCAAGCCGGAACUUUUGCUUUUCCUAGAUGAGCCAACAUCUGGGCUUGACUCCCUGGCUGCGUUCAACAUUGUACGCUUCCUCCGUCGACUUGCAGAUGCUGGCCAAGCUGUUCUCUGUACGAUCCAUCAACCUUCGGCCGUUCUGUUCGAAAAUUUCGAUGAACUUUUACUUCUCAAGAGCGGUGGACGAGUUGUUUACAAUGGGCCACUUGGAAAUGACUCCAAGACCCUCAUCGACUACUUUGAAAGAAACGGUGGCAAGGAAUGCUCACCACACGCAAAUCCGGCAGAGUAUAUGCUGGAAGUAAUCGGAGCCGGAAAUCCCGAUUACAAGGGCCAAGAUUGGGGCGAUGUAUGGGCCAAUUCGCCUGAAUCCAAGCAGCUUUCUGAGGAAUUGGACAGUAUCAUUGCUUCCCGUCGCAAUGUUCAAAAUAAUGAGAAGACCAAUGAUGAUCGCGAGUACGCAAUGCCUCUCUACAUCCAGAUGGUCGCAGUCACCAAGCGUGCAUUUGUGGCCUACUGGAGGAUCCCCGACUACGUGCUUGGUAAAUUCAUGCUCCAUAUUUUCACAGGUCUUUUCAACACCUUCACAUUCUGGCAUCUGGGGAACAGUUACAUUGACAUGCAAUCAAGGCUAUUCUCUGUCUUCAUGACAUUGACGAUAGCUCCACCGCUAGUGCAACAGCUUCAACCACGCUUUUUGCAUUUCCGGGGUCUUUAUGAGUCUCGUGAAGCAAACUCUAAGAUCUAUUCAUGGUCUGCCUUUGUGACGAGCACGAUUCUGCCAGAACUGCCAUACUCCAUUGUAGCCGGGUCAAUCUACUUUAAUUGCUGGUACUGGGGAACCUGGUUUCCGCGCGAUUCAUUCAGUUCCGGCUAUGUUUGGAUGAUGCUCAUGCUCUUUGAAUUGUACUACGUUGGAUUUGGCCAGUUCAUAGCAGCAGUGGCUCCCAAUGAGCUAUUUGCAAGCUUACUUGUGCCUACUUUUUUCACCUUUAUUGCUGCAUUCUGCGGUGUUGUCGUCCCUUACGCUGCCCUGCCGCACUUUUGGAAGUCAUGGAUGUACUGGCUUACUCCAUUCCACUAUCUACUCGAGGGCUUCCUUGGAGUCAUUAUACACAACAUUCCUUUGCGGUGUGUGGAGCGUGAAGAAUCUCGCUUUAGUCCUCCGCCUGGCAAGACUUGUCAAGAGUAUGCGAAGUCAUAUGCCGAGAAAGCUGGUGGAUAUGUCCGAGACGCUGGGAAUGGAAUGUGCUCAUUCUGUCAAUAUUCAACCGGUGAUCAAUUUGGCAAGAGCAUCAACGUGUUUUACUCGCACAAGUGGAGAGAUUAUGGUAUCUUCUGGGGAUAUAUCAUCUUCGACUUCGCUCUUGUUUUCGCCUUGUCCUGGUUGUAUUUGCAUGGGGCUCGCAACCUGAAACGCUGGCUCAGUGCUCGUAAGACGAGACAGAGCAAAGAUGGUUCUUGA